AGAAUAUCUACACGUCAAGAUUAGUUUAAGCCUCAGCUGAAAGGUGGCGCGAUUUUCAGCUUAGUUGUCACUCGUUUUUCGGCCUCUUCAGGACUUUGGAAAUUACAGCGCCGUGAAAAUGACUCAAAAGCAAAAAGCCCUCUCCAAAGAAGAAGAAAUUCUUUUACAAGAUUUCAGCCGAAAUGUUUCAACAAAAUCGAACGCCUUGUUUUACGGCAAUGCAUUCAUCGUUUCUGCUAUUCCAAUUUGGUUGUUCUGGAGAAUUCAUUUUAUGGACCUGCUGACUUCCUCCCCACUUUUUCUCAUCAUCACCUGUCUGAGCACCUAUUUGGUUUCCUUUGCUUACAAGAAGACCAAAUUUGUCUUGAAACACAAGGUUGCUGUGAAGAGGGAGGAUGCCAUUAGUCGUGAAAUCUCAAAAAUGAUUUCUGAAGAUAAGAAGAUGAACAAGAAAGAAAAGGAUGAAAGGGUUUUGUGGAAGAAGAAUGAAGUUUCUGACUAUGAAGCCACAACUUUCUCUAUUUUCUACAACAACGCUGUUUUCCUUGCAGUUGUGAUUGGAUUAAGCUUCUUCAUCCUGAAAUCUUUUUCACCUUCUUUCAACUACAUCCUGUCUGUAGGCCUCUCAAGUGGUCUUAUUGCCCUGCUUUCCACUGGUACCAAGUAAAAUAAUCUGCCAAGAAAAAAUGGCAAGUUGUAUUUCCAAAAAAGCAAACAAUGUAUGAAAUACAAAUUAUGUUACUUAA